AGUAGGUAGAGGUCAGUGCAUAUAUUGCGUUGGUGAGGUGGAGAUCAUAAUUAAAUAGGUCAGAUUCUGGACUAUUUCUGUUGAGACGCACCCUACCACUUGAUUUUCGAAGGGAGAAGCAUGAUGGCUAAACAGGGUAGAAUCGGCAAAUUAGGCUCGCUACUGACCAGAAUCAGAAGAGCUAUACUUGCAGGACUGGGUACUCUUCUUACAGCACUACUAGCUACUGGAUUAAGAGGAGACUGGUUACUUAUGUACGUCCAGAUCAAGAGACUCUGGCAGGAGGAUACGACAUGGAGGACGAUCCCCUCUCAACAUACUUCAUUCGACAUCGACAACGUGACCAAUCAUGAGUUCGUAGGCUUUGGCGGAUAUUACAUGAAGGAUGUAGGAUUUUAUGUUCUUCAAUCUUUCACUGGAGCUUUUCUCAUCUUCUAUGGAGUCGGUGGCUACUUGAAAUGGUACUAUUACAUCCAACGCCGUGAGAGGGCAGCAGACUGGAAAUGUCAACCGGAUCGGUUCUUACAACCCGAGGAUGACCGGUUAGAAUUUUGGUUGGGAUCGCUCAACAUAGCAAUCGGUUCACUUUCAUUUGGAAUUUUAGUAACCUACAUCAUGAACGGAGGGGAGACCAAACUUUACUACAGCAUCAAAGACUAUGGGUGGGUCUACUUUCUACUCUCGAUCCCUGGCUUAUAUGUGUACAACGAAGCUUCGUCCUAUUACACCCAUCGAUUGAUGCACCAUCCUAUCUUGUAUCGUCGCUAUCACAAGCUUCAUCAUCACUUCAAGGCUCCCACACCCUGGACAGCUGCUGCCUCGCAUCCAUAUGAAUUCAUCAUCUUCCAGUUCCUCCUCGAGAUACCUAUCUUUCUAGUCCCGUUACACGCAGGUGUAUUCCUGUGUUGUCUAAUAUACGGAUACUAUCACAGCAUCAUUUCGCACUCGGGCAUUGACCUUCACUCGAUGUUCCCAUGGCAACCAAGUGUCAUCUUCCAUGACGAUCAUCACAAGUACUUCCAUUGUAAUUUUGGAGUCAAUACGAUGAUAUUUGACAGGCUUCAUGGCACACUGCGUAAAAACAACAGAUUCUACUCAGAAACAACAUUCGGCGGGAAGGGCGCGCCCAUACAAGAACCAUCAGCAGCCAGAGUCACUGAUAAAUAUUCGUAGCCUCACGCUUAUCAA